GCAGCGGUGGGAGUGUGUCGCUGCCCUUUGGUUUUAGGGGUGUGGGAUUGGGGAGUCGCUACUUGUUUUGUCUGGGAAUGAAUUUAGGUGGACUUCCUUCUUGUAUAGAUUGUAUUUUAAACAAUGUUGCGUCAGUGUGUCGCUGAGUUUCUGUUGUAGUUGCCUCAAUCACCACAACAACCAGCUGCUGUUUGAAGGGGCCAGGUGAGGGACUGAGGCUGACAGUCCCAGUUGUCCCCCGCCUCCUUACCUGUCCCCUGACUAUAAUCUGUCAUACGCACCAAAAACACUCCCUCUGAACUAUAAACACGUUCCUCUGCUGCCUCAGCGUCACUGGAGCCAACUGAAAAGAUGCUCGGCAGUCCCACCCAUCUAUAACAGAUAACUGCAAAGGGAGGCUGUAACAUACCAAGUGUGUGCACACACCAGCCGAUCUGAAGAUGACGGGCCAGGCGGCGGAGAGAGACCGGUCGCCACACAAUCUGUCAGUGAAGACCACCCUGGAGGAGGACACUGAGGGGGCCGAGAGUAUUCUUAGCAGGGUCCCAUCUGUCUGCGAUGACACAUCCUCAGAGCUACAAAGAGUCGCUGCUCUUGACCCUCACAGAAGCAACUCCAGGAACUCUUUUCAAAGGAAUGGAGCCAUCUCAAGACUGGUGAACCUGGUGGUGAGACUGAGGGAAUGGGCACACAGGAGUCUGUUGGAGGAGGAGAGGCCAGACUCCUUCAUGGAGCGCUUUCGUGGCCCUGAGCUGAGGAUGGCCCCCAGCCGCAACAGCAACACGCAACCAGAUGCUAAUGGCAACGAUGCCAAAGGGAUCUUUAGGAAAAGGUGGAAUUUGUUUGUGGUGUCCCCAUCAGAUAACGCCUACUACCGCUGGUUAUUUGUUAUUGCCAUAGCGGUGCUCUACAACUGGUUCCUUGUUGUAGCGAGGGCGUGCUUUGACAGGUUACAGGUGGGCAAUUAUAUCUGCUGGCUGGUGUUGGACUACCUCUCUGACCUCGUGUACCUAAUGGACACUUGCGUCCGACUUCGCACAGGGUUUCUGGAACAAGGUUUACUGGUGAAGGACCAUGCCAAGCUUAGAGACAGCUACAUCCGGACGCUGCAGUUCAAGCUGGACAUACUGUCCAUCCUGCCCACUGACCUGGCGUACAUCUCCACUGGCAUCCACACACCACAGCUCAGGUUCAACCGGCUGCUGCGCUUUCCUCGCAUGUUUGAAUUCUUUGAUCGCACUGAGACACGCACCAACUACCCCAACAUCUUCCGUAUUUGCAACUUGGUGCUUUACAUCUUGGUCAUCAUUCACUGGAAUGCCUGCAUUUAUUAUGCGAUAUCAAAGUCUUUAGGACUGGGCUCAGACUCUUGGGUUUUCCCAAACAUCAGUAAACCUGAGUAUUCCUCCCUGACUCAGAGUUACGUCUACUGUCUGUACUGGUCCACUCUUACUCUUACCACUAUUGGGGAGAUGCCUGCACCUGUACGAGAUGAAGAGUAUCUAUUUGUAGUCUUUGACUUUCUUGUUGGCGUGCUGAUCUUUGCCACAAUUGUGGGAAAUGUCGGCUCCAUGAUCGCCAACAUGAAUGCCACGCGUGCAGAGUUUCAAGCUCGGAUCGAUGCCAUCAAACACUACAUGCACUUCCGCAAAGUCAGCAAAGAACUGGAGACGCGCGUCAUUAAAUGGUUUGACUACCUCUGGACCAACAAGAAAGCAGUUGACGAGCAAGAGGUCCUGAAGAACUUACCUAACAAACUGCGAGCUGAGAUUGCUAUUAAUGUACACCUGGAGACCCUGAAAAAAGUGCGCAUUUUUCAAGACUGUGAGGCAGGACUGCUGGUGGAGCUUGUGCUCAAACUGCGCCCACAGGUCUUCAGUCCAGGGGACUACAUCUGCAGAAAAGGGGACAUAGGAAAGGAGAUGUACAUCAUUAAAGAGGGGAAGCUAGCAGUGGUGGCUGAUGACGGGGUCACCCAGUACGCACUUCUCACCGCUGGCAGCUGCUUCGGGGAAAUCAGCAUUCUGAACAUAAAAGGUAGUAAAAUGGGAAAUCGUCGAACUGCCAACAUUCGCAGCUUGGGCUACUCUGAUCUCUUCUGCCUCUCUAAGGAUGACUUGAUGGAGGCAGUGACCGAGUACCCAGAUGCUAAGACUGUGCUGGAGGAGAGGGGCCGGGAGAUCCUGACGAAGGAGGGUCUGCUGGAUGAGAACGCAGAGAGUGGCGGGCUGCAGAAAGAGGACACGGAGGAGAAGGUGGAGAGGCUGGAGUCCUCCCUGGACACCCUCCAGACUCGCUUUGCCCGUCUGCUCAACGAAUACACGCACACUCAGCAGCGACUGAAGCAGCGCAUCACUCUGCUGGAGCGGCAGCUCAACCAAACGGACUGCGGUGCAGAUGCCAGUGAUGACGUGUAUACAGAUGCAGAGACGAACAAAGAAAGAAGCCCUGGGCCUGUUGUCCAUACAGAUGGGUCUCCACGUCAGAAUAAUGUGCAGAUGGAGGACAAAAAGAGCCCAAUAUCAAAACAUUAAGUUCAGUAUGGAGAGUUUAGAUCCAAAUUUUUAGAAAAAGAAUGACACCCUUUUUAACGACCAUUGCGAGAAUGCCUUUAACGGUUCAGCUGAGUGUGAAGAGAUGCCUGCAUGUCAAUAAAGAUGAAAAGAAAGUGACAAAAAGUGGACAGUGGACUGCAGUCUUUGACUUCAUGUCUAUGCCAAGACCAGUAAGUUGAGUUAUGCGUUUAAAUUGUCACUUUAAACAGCAACUUCCCAGAUCAAGCUAUAUUAAGGUAUGGAGAACAAAUUGCUCAUGAGAAAAAAAACUGACUACAUUGAAAACCUAAAUAUCACUUUCUAGACAUAAACGAUCAAAAAACACUGAAAAAUGGUGGUUGAUUUAUUUUUGUAAACAUCUUGUUUUCAGUCACCUCAACAGAGGGAUUCAGUUCUCCUGACAUACAGUAUACAUGAUGCUCUGGGCCUGCACACUUCGUCUUUCACUGCUCCUCCUGGGGAAAACGUCUCAGGAGAGACAGUAGAGAAGAUGACUUGCUGAGUUCAAAUACACAAACACAAUUAUUUUCCAGAGUUCUUAUGUUCAAGAUUAGAUGCGAACCAGACACUACCUUUUGACAUUUCUUUUGUACUUUGGAUUAU